AUGGUGAUGGCACUCGAGAACGACACGGCGGUGGACUGGGUCGGCUGGGACUCGUCGGACUACUUCCGGUUGUUCGGUGAGGCUGCGGGUAGUUCGGCGAGCGCCCCCAACGACACUGCGACGUUGGAUGUGCGGGUUGGCCCACCCGGUGGUGCCGCUCCGUCACCCGGAGGUCCGGACAACCGUACAUCGGUAGCGAUGGCGGCCACCAUGGCAGCCGCGACGCUGCUCUCGAACGCAUCCUCCCGCCCGGGGCCGGCGGUCGGCACCGUCAACGACAGCUACGACGGCUACCAGUACUACGCCGACGAUCCGGGAGCGUUCAACGAGUCGUUCCUGGCCGGAGCCGCCCGGGGCAGCAGCUUCGAGCUGAUGGCCGAGGACAUCGGAGACUUCUUCAACAAUCCCAACGGGACGUACGGCAACGGGACGGGCUUUCCCGCCAACUGCUCCCUGACCAACACGACCUGCAUCGGACCAAGUGAAGUGAAAGAGUACCACUACUGGUGCCUGAUACUGGUGCUGUUCCCCAUCCUGACGCUGUUCGGCAACGUGCUGGUGAUACUGGCCGUCUGCCGCGAACGGACCUUACAGACAGUGACCAAUUAUUUUAUAGUGUCGUUGGCGAUAGCCGAUCUACUAGUGGCCGUGGUCGUGAUGCCGUUUGCGGUGUACGUUUUGGUGAACACAGGUUCAUGGACGUUGCCAAAUUUUGCUUGUGAUUUCUACAUAGCUAUGGAUGUGAUAUGCUCAACGUCGUCGAUAUUUAAUUUAGUUGCAAUUUCAAUAGACAGAUAUAUUGCGGUGACGCAGCCAAUCAAGUACGCGAAGCAUAAAAACAGCCGGCGGGUGUGUCUGACGAUCCUGCUCGUGUGGGCGAUAUCGGCCGCAAUCGGAUCACCGAUCGUCCUUGGACUGAACAACACGCAGGACCGUUUGCCCGCCCUCUGCGUGUUCUACAAUACCGAUUUUAUAGUGUACUCGUCCCUAACUAGCUUUUAUAUCCCGUGUAUCAUAAUGGUCUUUUUAUACUGGAAUAUUUUUAAGGCGCUGAGGACGCGAGCGAAAAAGCAACGAGCAGCCCGGAAGCCGCACCUCUCGGAGAUCACGGCCGGCGGAAGCAUCAUCGAGAACAUUGCUCAAACGAAGCGCUUGGCGGAAACGCAGCUGGAUGGUAGCACGCGCAGCGGCUCGAAGAUCCUGCCGGACGAGGAGCGGCCAACCAACACGGCGUCGGGCUCGAACGAGGAGGACGACGAGAACGCCGGGUCCCCUGACAUUGACGACUGUCAUGUGAUUGUGAACGAUAAAUCAACAGAAUUUAUGUUGGCAACGGUCGUGGAGGAGGCGGGAAACGUGGUGGCUCAGAUCACGACCACGCAACAGGUACCGUCCGACCCGAACGGGAACCACGACUCCGGCUACGCGCCCUCCAGCAUUGCCGACGCCCUGGCGGUGACUGCCACCCCACCGGAAAGCCUCAACGUGGCGGCCGCCACGGUGAUUGUAAAUAAGAGCGCCACCAUAAGGAGUAGGAACGGUUCGCCCCGGAAGGAAGUCAGCGUAACCCUGAAACCCCUAUCGUUAGUUAGAUGCGGUGUUCAAACGACCCUGGCACUCAAUCGGAACGACUCGACGCUCUCAACGAACUCCCGGGACAGUUCCCGGAAGGACAAGAAGAACACACAAGCGUCCAGGUUCACCAUCUACAAAGUAAACAAGGCGUCGAAAAAGAAGCGCGAAAAAUCCUCAGCCAAAAAGGAACGAAAGGCAACCAAAACAUUAGCUAUAGUCUUAGGUGUAUUCCUAUUUUGCUGGGUACCAUUCUUCACGUGCAACAUCUUGGACGCAAUGUGCGCGAAGCUCGAGAAGGACUGCCGGCCGGGCGUGACGGUGUUCAUUCUGACCACGUGGCUCGGGUACAUGAACAGCUUCGUCAAUCCCGUCAUCUACACCAUCUUCAAUCCCGAGUUUCGCAAGGCGUUCAAAAAGAUCAUGCACAUCGAGUGA